CCUUUUCAGUUUUUUUCUCCCCCCCUCCUCUCGUCUGCCUGUUCGAACACUGCACAGCGUUCUUUCUGUCUACUUCUCCUUUCUCUCGAACUUUUUCGGUGUCUCUUCUAUCCUCAACUUUUGCCUCAACAAUUUAGCUGGUUCUGCAGGAAACCGGAUCUCGGUUGCUGCCCUUCUCAACCACACAAAAAAGUUCGAGUUUUCCGACUCUCCAACGUGGUUGCUUCGGCGGUGUUCGUUGUCUUGCCUUUUCUCGUCCUCUUCUCCUCUUCUUCUGAUCUUCUUCUCGUCGCGCUCUCGACUGUUCCCCCCAAUCAAUUCUACUUUCGUCGCUUAUCUCGAGAAAACAAUGGCGGCCUUCGCAGACAGACCGACCUGCCGGGUGUCUCUGGGUGCGGUCUUCCUUGCGCGGGAGCUGCACCGACUCCGAAAGUCUCUGCCCCUUUGCGUGUUUUCUCUCUUCCUUUUUUCGUUUGCUUUCUCUGCACUCUCUGGCGCGCCUUCGCAGUUCGCGGAGGCGGCGAUGCCCAAGUUGUCAGGAGAAAAGCUCGCGGAACUCAUGCAGAUGGACGUGAAGGACAUCAAGGAACGCAUGCUGGCGCUCUUCGACCUCAUCGACACGAACCAAGACAACACAAUCGACACCGAGGAAGCGAAAGAAUGGAGUGCAAAGUUGAAGAACGCGAUGCACCAGCACCAGGUCCGCAUGGAGUUCCAGGCGAUCGACAAAGACAACGACGGCAAAGUUUCUCUCUCUGAACUUGAGGCCACGUACGUGGACAGCCUAGACCAGAAGCAACUCGAGCAACACAAGAAAGAAGUCGAGCAACGCUUCAAGACUGUCGACAAGGACAACGACGGACUGCUGGAUUUAUCUGAGAUCCGAAUCCUCAUGGAUCCUGGGAAAGACGAAGGUCUCAUGAAGAUCGAAAUCGAGGAAAUUCUGAACGCUCAAGACAAGAACGGCGACAGAAAGAUCACCGUCACCGAGUUCAUCGAGACGGAGGGAACCGGGAGCUUGAACGACGUGGAAAAGACCGAACUGGAAAAAGAGUUCAAGAGCUACGAUUUGAAUGCCGACGGCGCCAUUGAUGUGGAGGAACUGCAGCAGAUCAUCAAGGAUCCGCAUUCGCACGAGAUUCGCAUGUUGCUCGAGGAGUUCACGAAGGACCUGAAGGACGGCAAAGUUGGGAGGGAGCAGUGGGAGAAGGAGUUCGAGUCUUUCGCCGUGUCGAUGCUCACAGACAACGGCGAGGUGCUGCGAUUCCCCGAAGACUACUCGGGCAUUGAGUUCCCCUUCAAGACGGCUGUGCCGCAAGUCGACUUGGACGACGAAGACAAACACGAUGAACUGUAGACAUGAAGAGCUAGUUGUUGAGAACACGUACAGAGCUUCUGCGGACAGGAGAACGCAGGACACAUUCAAACGAAAUCUCUCAAGUGACACACGCUGAAAAUACAGUCGGUGCCUCGCUGAGGACAAGCGUCAAUUCAGAGUGGCAGUUUCGAACACACGCACUCGCCUGUAUAGACAGAGCCGCCGGGCGUAUGUACACCCGUGACGGGACGCGCGCCGCGAAUGCCAGACGGAAGCAGGGAGUGCUGUGUAGCAGCAAAUCAAAUAGCCGAGAAAGUGCCGGCUAAGCGCGGCAAGUGUGACUGCUGGCAGGUGGGGAAGCCAAGCUGCCUUUCGUGAGGGACAGGAAAACCGGAGAUCCGCGCAAAACAACGAGUGGUUUUUCACAACACGCGAAUAGGCACCGAAGCAGCUCUCCGCCUGAGACCGUUUCUCAGCCGCCACACUUCAUUUCUCGGAUUGCAGAGACGUGCUUUAUAUGUGGAUGUGGGCGAGCUAAUGCCCUUUUUUGUGUUUGGCGAAAACCGCCUUUGUUCGCGGCGUUGCCUGAGGAGCGCUCAUGUGUGCACGCAGAGGGCCAGGUACCGACCUCCGUAGCCACGAGACUCUGGACGUACUUUGGGGGACGCAAUGUCGCAAGUCGACGCGGGGGUCUCGUUUUUCCCUGGCGAAACGUGACGCGGUCGUGGAAAGGGAAACAGUUGAACAGACAGUCAGUGCGUGGAGAAACCAGUUUGUCGCUGUACGCAGUUUACAGUUGCUGUACGCAAGUCUUUAUCCCGAGUGGGGUGCACGGAGCUGUCGGCUGUAGCAAUCUUUUGACAGGUGUGACGGGGGAAGCAGGAGCGAAUCUUCGCCGAAUUUUCUAACGGGUUUAGAUUCACCCUAGAAAACAGUUUAGGUGAACAGAAAUCGAGCUUCCCUUUCGACCCCUAAAUCCUGCAAGAGCC